ACAAUCAUGCUGGAAGGCCGCAAAUAUACUAGUCACGACUCGUGUGUCGUGUCGCGCCCUUAAUACAUGUCACAAUUUGGUCGGGUCUGACUGCUUAUAUUGUAACGUGUGUAGAGCGGUUCGCCCUCAUUAUUUUUAUUAAUAUUGGUCGGCCGUCACGGUCGGGUCCCCGGGCCGUCGUGUUUGGCAGGGAAAAUUACCUAUAAAUAAAGGAGAUAUAUUUUCAAAGGCAUUUUUCAAGACUUUUUUUAAUUUGUAUAAUGACCUUCAUCAUCAUGCUGAACACAUUCUUUGGUCAAUAAUAAUACGUUCACUUCGGAUGUAAUGGAUUUAUUCCUUUUAUUAGUAGGCUAAUUACAGUUCAAGUGGGCAAAGUGCCGUAGAUUUUGCUACCGCAGUUACAUUUGUUACCAUAGCCCGGAGAUUAUCAAAAUGUCAAUCGCCAUAAACCGGUCUAUAUAAACGGACCCUUAUAGUUAUUUUUUCAUUGUCGUGCCCUGCUCAAGUAUGACGGCUUUGGGCGCGCUACGAAACACGAGUGGUGGCCAAUAUAUUUCCGGCAUACAUAACCAUGGAAACGGAUUAUAAAAAACAUUGGGCAUUGUUAUGGCUAUUCCUUGUUGAGACCAAUUUAGAACUACGGAGUAUUUGUGGUACAUAUUGUUAAACAUGUUGAAGCAAUUUAACGCGAAUUGGUUAUUUUGUUAGCAUGUUGUGUAAAGCUUUUACCAUUUGUGUUUAGUAUGUCAGUGUUGCUUGUGUUGCGUCCAAAUAAGAACCUAGGUACCACCUAAUUAAUGGUAGGUGGGUACUCAAGUAACUGGUAAAUAAGUCACAACCUUAUAGUUGACCUCAUUUUGCAAUCAUUCGAGUGUGAUGGUGUGACAUAUAUUUUAUUAUUAUUAAAAUAAAUAAUAUUUACAACGAAACUUGGUGGGUACCUACUAUAGAUAUUUCACUUAACCUGCCAUCAGGCGAGAAUGUAGAGCUUAACUAGGGACAUAGCUUUAAAUAUUAUCCAUUUGCUAAAUGAUUUUAACCUUACUACGUACUCACUUGGUAAACGACGUCGUAUACGAACAUUUGGAACAUUUAAAAAACAAACUUGGUGAAAAUGGUGGGGCUUGUUAAAUUCAGUAUUAUGUAGAGGUGGUCCCGACAACAUGAACCGGUAUGUGGUGCUGCAACAGCUCGGCGACGGCACGUACGGGUCGGUGGUGCUGGCCCAGCGGCGUGACACUGGCGAGAAAGUGGCCAUUAAGCGAAUGAAGCGCAAGUACUACUCGUGGGACGAGGCGAUGAAUCUGCGCGAGGUGAAAUCACUUAAGAAACUGAACCACGCCAACAUCGUCAAGUUGCGGGAAGUCAUACGCGAGAAUGAUACUCUUUACUUUGUGUUCGAGUACAUGCGAGGAAACUUGUACCAACUGAUACGCGAUGCGGAGCGCGCUUUCCCCGAGCCAGUGCUGAGGAACAUCGUGUACCAGGUAUUGCAGGGCCUAGCACAUAUGCAUCGACAUGGCUUCUUCCAUCGGGAUCUAAAACCGGAAAACCUCCUGUGUGCUGGGCCCGAACUGGUCAAGAUAGCCGAUUUAGGGUUGGCUCGCGAGGUUCGUUCACGGCCGCCUUACACAGACUACGUGUCUACGCGGUGGUACCGUGCGCCAGAAGUGUUGCUGCACGAUACGCGCUAUGGAGCGCCUAUCGAUUUAUGGGCACUCGGCUGUAUUAUGGCAGAACUGUAUACUUGUCGGCCGCUGUUUCCGGGGAAUUCUGAGAUUGAUCAGCUGCAUAAAAUAUGCGCUGUGUUGGGGACUCCUGACCGAGAUGACUGGCCCGAGGGUUACGUGCUCGCUGACGCCCUUGGUUUCCGUUUCCCGUCCAGUGCAGGUGUCCCAUUAGCUCGAGUGGUGCCCUCUGCCUCGCCACCCGCUUUGGCGUUACUGACUUCGUUCAUGCGCUAUGCUCCACGGGAUCGACCUACUGCCCCACAGGCACUCCGGUUCCCGUAUUUUGCCGUUGGUGCUGCAUUAGUUGUGCCGCCGCCUGCGUCACGGGCCAGGAGAAGCGCAGCUAGAGGUGAAACGGAAAAUUUAGCAGAGCAUACCAGGUCACCCACGACAACAGCGCCCGGGCACGCGGCUAUCCAGCCGCCGCCACCACAUGUGCGUGACAGAUUCGCGGACAUCCUCGGGGGAGAAGUGGUGCACGAGCCCGGCCCGCCCGCCCCGCUGCGGCGCGUGUCGGGCGGGCGCAGCGUGCUGGCCGCCGCCGCGCCGGCGCAGCGCGCGCGCCCCGCGCUGGGCGGCGCGGCCGCCGCCUACUUGAGUGCAGCGCGCUAUGUCACCGGCUCUAGGAUUGACACUUCACUUUUUCGAGCAUUACCGUUACGAGCUCAUCGAGAAACUACGACUGUGGGCAGCGGCGCUGCGAGAGUCGAUUGGGCGGCUAAGUAUUUACGAUAAAGUACUUACGUCAGCGGCAGCGUGCAACAUGGAACGAUGGACAAUUUGCUAAUUGAGACUACCUCUCUAAUUAGUUACCUUUACUUUUACUAUUAUUGAUGUGUGUGGGUGUUUACUAUUGUGAUUCCUUAUUACUACCUAGGUAGCUAAAAACAAUAAAAGCAGUAUUCACCCAAAUCAGCCGAUUCUCACCAAACUGAACCAGGAAACUACCUACCUAGGUAGGUACUUACAUAUUUUCUUUACAAAAUAAAUAAAGAUUGAUUUAACCAUUAUAA